UAAAAAUAUUUUUUUGAUUUUGAAGGGAGAGAUUGUCUUUGACUAUACUCUAAUGAUGUUACAAAAUAGAACUAUCAAGUCCUCUCCAAAGCUACGUGUCUUUGCCUCCUCAAGCCGCCGUCCCGCAAUCAGCCAUGGAUCAGGUAAUGCAGUUUGUUGAGCCAAGUCGGCAGUUCGUAAAGGACUCAGUUCAGCUGGUUAAAAGAUGCACCAAGCCCGACAGAAAAGAAUUCCAGAAGAUUGCCAUGGCCAUAGCCAUAGGAUUUGCUAUCAUGGGAUUCAUUAGCUUCUUUGUGAAACUGAUCCAUAUCCCUAUUAAUAACAUUAUUGUGGGUGGCUGAGUGCUUCCUCUUCGCUGGAACUAGGAGCAAUGAGGGUAUGAGAAGCUUAUGAAGUAAAAAGUUGCCUGUAUACUUUGUGUUUUUCUUUCUUUUCCCCUCCCCAAGAGGUUUUGUAUUUCUAAACUAAAAUAA